AUGGACCCAUCCAUGGCCUCUGCAACAUCUGUGAGAAUAGCAGCCAGCCAUCGUGCAAUCCAGUUCAUCGCCCAUGCCGCUACGUACGACUCAGCCCUCCUUCUCGUGUACAAUUUUUUCCCGGCGAGAUUUGUUCUCGAUGAUGGUGAGAGGGGGAGCAAGCAUGGAGACAGAGGAGAGGCUUACCACGGAGAUGUCACUGGACCGAAAGGCUAG